AUGUCAAAUUUUUGUAACCAAUUAUCAACAUAUUCAAUUGGACGUAAAGUUGGUGUUCAAGCAAAAUCAUCGGAAAGUGGACGAAGAACAGUAGCAAAAGCUUUGAAAUAUAAUAUCUUCGAUCCACAUAAAGGGCAACAAACGGCUAAACAAGAACAAGUUAGUUUAGGUGCACAAUUAGCUGAAGGAGAACUUAAUUUUGGUGUUGCUCAUAUUUAUGCAAAAACAAUCGCUCGUGUAACAGGUGGAAUAAAAGUACAAGUUGAUCGUGAUCAAGCAUCACCAUAUGCUGCUAUGUUAGCUGUACAAGAUGUUGCUGAACGUUGUCGUGGAUUACGUAUAACUGCAUUACAUGUACGACUUCGUGCAACUGAGCCAACACUUGAUUGUCAUAUUGUUGAUGAAGGGGAGUUAGAAGUACAUUUUGGUUAA